UUUUCUACUAUAACAUGUUAGAUUGUUGGUCUGACCUGCACUUAAAAAAAUUCAUGUGUUUAAAUACAAAUUAAAAUGGAACGCAAUUGAAAAUUCAAAUAAAAAAAAAUUACCUGAAUAUAGAACGAAUCAAAUUAUAAUUUUGAAUAUUUAUACAUUGUGUCACAGCUAUUAUUUGUGUCUUGUAAUCUAUUGUAUUUGUGAGAAAUGAAUAGGCGAUUUCGGAUCGUAAAUAUUUUCUCUAGAAAUGGCGAUUAUUACUGAUGUUGUAAAUGAUUUAACUAAUAAGAUUGAUCCAAGACACGAUGGCUACAUUACAGCAUCUCCAUACUUUCUAUAUGGAUUUUUGUUUACAUAUCUUUUCACUAUUAAAAUACUUGGACCAAAACUAAUGCAAUAUAGGAAGCCAUAUAAUAUUAAAAAUCUUCUAAUUUGCUACAAUUUUAUUCAAAUUAUACUUAACACGUAUAUCGUAUAUGAAGCCACAUGUGUUUAUUUCUCAAAUUCAAAUUGGAUAUGUAUAGACACGACAGAGAAAAAUCUUGUAUCAGAUACAAGGAAACAUUAUUAUUUUCUAAAAAUACUCGAUUGUGUUGAAACAGUUUUUUUCAUAUUGAGGAAAAAGUAUCAGCAAGCUAGUUUUCUUCACAUAUAUCACCAUACUGCUAUACUCUGCGGUGCUUUCUUGGGCUUUAGAUAUGACUAUGGAGACACUACAAUAAUAAUUGGAGGUUUAAAUUCACUAACACAUGUCCUUAUGUAUGUUUACUAUUUAUUGAGUGCUAUAGAUUCCAGAUGGGGCAAGUAUACCUCAAUAAAGAAGGGUUUAACAUUAGUACAGAUUGUACAACUGACUACGAUCUUAUUUUCGUUGGCAAUAACAAAACUUAUGCCAGGCUGUAAAUCAAUACCUAAUUAUAGUUUAUAUUUAUGGCUUUUGCAAAAUGUUUUUAUGAUCAACUUAUUUGUAAGAUUUUACAUUAAAUCAUAUGUAAAUAAGCAAAAAAGUGUUAGUAAAAAAAAAUAAUUGUUUUUUUGAAAUAAAUAUUACUGUAUAAUAAAA